AUGAGUGUGUGUGGCUGCAGCGCUUCAUACCUGUGGAGGUGGCUGCUGAAGGCGCUGUUGUUCUUGGCAGCUGUGCAGCCGACGAGCGGGGACUGCCCCAAAUCAUGCGCCUGCCACGUUCCCACUGAAGUGCACUGCACCUUCAGAUACCUGACCGCAAUACCUGACCACAUCCAGCCAGCUGUGGAAAGAAUUAACCUCGGGUACAACAGUAUAACUGUCUUGAGAGAAAAUGAUCUUUCAGGACUUGAGAACUUAGAGUUGUUGAUGCUGCAUAGCAACACUAUCCACAGUAUUGAUGACAGAGCAUUCCAAGACCUCAAGUCUUUACAGGUCCUGAAGAUGUCCUUUAAUAAAGUAAAGGAGCUCAAGAAAGAGACGUUCAAAGGCCUCGACAGUCUGCUGAGACUCCACAUCGACCACAACAACAUUGAGUUCAUCAACCCAGAGGCCUUCUACGGCCUAACUAAACUUCAGUUGGUCCAUCUGGAGGGUAACCAUCUCCAGCAGCUCCACCCAGACACAUUCAUCACACUGAGACACAGCCAGGUGUUCAAGGUGUCCUCCGUGAGAAAUAUCCACCUGUCGGACAAUCUCCUCACCACUCUGCCUGAGGAUAUCUUCUCAGGCUGCAGCCAGUUAGAGAACCUUUUCCUUCACGGCAACCCAUGGACAUGUGAUUGUCGUAUGAAGUGGUUCUUAGUGUGGGCAAAAAGGAACACAGAUGUGCUGAAAUGCAAGCGAGACAGGAGAUAUCCAAGAGGCCUGCUGUGUCCUGUUUGUGUAAAUCCUGCCCCUUACCACAACAGACCUCUAUCCCUUCUCCCUGGUGAUGCCUUCACUUGUACCAAACCCUGGAUCCAACCCCAUCUAAAACAGAACAACAUCAGCCUGGAUGAGGGGGACUUUACCCCAGUUUCACCCAAGGAUUUCAUUGCUCCAUUAGGCUCCUUACAAAUGAACCUGACAGACCAGCUUCACAAUGAUGCCAGUCUAUCCUGCACUGUCCAGAGGCCCUCUGCUUUAGAGAACCUGACACAAACCUUGGAGGAGGAGGAGGAGGGAAACAAUGUCACCAUGCUUACAGCUGACAUAACUACAUAUUUGGUGUGUAACAUUGACUCUGAACACAUACAGCAGCUGUGGCAGAUCCUGGCAACCUACAGUGACUCUCCCAUGACACUGGAGAGAGGCUUAAUGCUGGCCAGAAGCCCAGAAAUGGUGUACAGGUAUAGUCAGGUGAAAACAAAGGACGGAGAAGAAGGAAUUCACACAAACAUUGAGGCUGAGAUUAAAGCCUCCCCUGCAUGGUUGAUGCAGGGUGAGGUGAGCUUCCAGCUGGACCGUACUACUACGACUUUCUCUACUCUGCACAUUAAGUACCAUUCUUUGGUCAACCUACGUGUGGAAAACACAUCACCUAAGAGGGACCGCUAUUCCUGGACCAUGAUCAAGCGAAAUAAUCAAACCCAGACUGAGCACACUGUACUUACAGGUGGUGUGGUGCAAUUGAGCUGUCAAAUCCAGGGUGAGCCAAAGCCUUUGUUGGAGUGGAUUUUACCAGAUGGAAGUAAGGUCAGAGCUCCUUACUCCAGUGACGACAGGAGGAUCAUAAUCACUGCUGAAGGGAAGCUCACUCUACGGGGUGCAGAUGCUUCAGACAUUGGCCUCUACCGGUGCAUAAUCACAAACUACCUGGAUGCAGAUAUUCUUGUCUUUCGAGUGACAGUUCUGUCCCCAGAUGUGGAGGAGGCUGAGGUCAAUGGUGUCCAAAUCUCACGGCCAUUGGGUGAAAAUCUGUUUUUUGACUGCAGCUUUUUAGGGAGUCCUGAGGCCUCAGUCCAGUGGAUACUCCCUGACAACUCAGUACUGGACAAGUCUCAAGGGAACAGGAAAGUGUAUGAGAAUGGAACCUUGCUGAUUCAGGGUCUCACGGCGAGGGACCGAGGAUUUUAUAGGUGUUUGGUUUCUAAUCACCUGGGAGUUGAUCUGCUGGUGUCUCAGUUGACAGUGACUGGAGAAACAUUUGAAAAGGUCACAGUUUUGGACAAUGAGGGUUUAGGGGAGGAAAUGGAGUUCAAAGUUGACCUUAGCUUGACUGAAAACACAGCCACCCUCAAUGAGAUCCCCUCUUCCAGUCCCUCUGACAGAAGAAUUCAGGAAUCCAGGACCAUAACCUCAGAUCGACCGUACCCCAGACAAAGGUCACAGGGUAGAGGAGGUACUGGAGGUAGACUUGGACAGAGAAGGAAGGGGCCAGUCAGCAACAGACGCAUCUGGAGUAGUAGGGUGUUUGAUAAAGCUUCCAGGAAAGUGGACCCAAACAAAUUUGCUGAGUUUGUGAAAAAGACACUAGAUGGAUCAAGAAUAAAGACUGGCACAGAGAAAGAGGAGGUAAAAUAUGAUAACUCAAAUACUGGUCUUUCUGGUGAUGGUGAAAUUGGAUCAGGUGAUGUUCAUAGUGAAGAUCAUCUCAUCAUUGUGCCAAGAAUAGUCGAAGCAACCACAGACAAUCUAAAGAUAGGUAGAAUAUUUGGACAAGAGAACAGGCAUCCUGAAACUGUGACAACCACACAGACAGGUGAGGGUGGUAAUGUAGCAACAUUGGAGGCACAUCAAACAGUUGGCGUAGAAACCACAGUCAGCAAUCAUAUUGAUUUAAGUCAAGUGACAGAAAAUACAAACACACUAACAACAGAGUCAUAUAUGCAGUCAGAUUCUACACCAAUCAAGUCCACAUUCACACACUAUCCAUCACAAAGGAGGGAAAGUCAAAGUGAUGCAGCAACACCAUAUAACACAGUUUUACACAACGCAGGCCUUUCUAGUUUUGAUGACACCACUGAUUUUUAUGCCUUUGAAAGAACUACCAUGCAAGACUCAAACAGGCGCCCUGUCACUCUCCAACUCACUGUGACAGACACGUCACAAGAAACUCAGCUCCAGUUCUCAGGACAACUACCUGCAGAGUCAGAGACGUCCACUGGGUCGUUGCUAUCAUUUACCACAGACCCUCAUGUCACUCCAAUGAUGGAUGGACCAGGCCCAGUGGAGCUAGUCGUUCACACAUCCACAGACCCAGAAAGCCAGACGACAUUCACAGCCGUCACCACCACAGAGAGACAGAAAGAUGAGAUAACCUUCCACACGACCCAAACAAUCAAAUCCCCACGCCUGCCUGCAGGAUCCACCAUCAUCUCCCAGCAGCAGAUCCGUAUCAUCCCACACAAGAACAGCAGAGGAGGAGGGCGCAGGAGGACCUUCCAAGCCCGCAGGAGGAUCAUUAAACCCAACAGGAUUAAUGACAUACAGUCCUUCAUCAAUAAACUUAAACAACCCUCAGUGAAAAAGGAAGGGAAUACCACGGUGCCAUAUAGAAUUGAACUGACCACACACUGUGACUGGGAUGAAGACAAAAAGAAGAAAGCAACCAGUGAUCCACAGGUGGUCACACCAACAGCUCCCUCCAGUCCAUCUUUACACCGAACAGAGAAGCCUACCUCUACACAAAAAACUGCAGCUUCUACCACAAACUAUUACAUUACUUCAAAUUCCCCAUUCACCCGCAAAGAUUCUAGGUCAGAGGUUUCCAGCGGCUCCAUAACCUCUGCUGAUGCCCCUGAAUUUGACCCUACAAUUGAUCCAUUUUUGACCACAAAUAGAGAACCGUCAAUCUCCACCACGACCACUACUACAACUGCCUCUAAUGUUAUUCAUGGAAGAAUUCCAUGGAACAGGCUGUUUGGAGGCAGAGAGAGGGGAAAGAUACUGGGUAGGCUAAAGAGGCCAUUCAACACCCAAAAAACUAUAACUACAGCUGACACUACAACAGUGACCCCUACCACAACGCCUGCUGCUAUGCCCACCACCAGCUCAAACUCCCUUUCUGAACCUGAGACUCUGUCCCCAUCCAGACACACAGGAAGCAAAGAGGGCACAUUAGAUGAGGACUAUGGAGAUUUGUCCUCUGCAGAUUUUGAGUUCACAACACUGCAACCCAGCUUCCUCCAUCUAACUACUACUAGCCGAUCCUAUUACUCCAAGUCUGCCACCACUGCUGAAACACCACCAGAAUUACAGACUCUACCUUCCCCCCCUACUUUCAAACCACCUUUAAUUGAAAAUACUGAUGAAGACUUAUCAUCGGGGUCUGGGGGACGACCUGAUAAUUUGUUUGUAUCCAGACAGAGGCCUGAUGGGACAAGAGGACGGCAAGGACGGAGAAGGAGGCCCUUAAGGGGCAGGAGACCCUUCAAGAAACCUGCAAUCACUAAAUCACACCCUACUACCACAACUGAGGCUUUAACUACAACUAUGGAAACUACAAUGGAGACAACCACACUACCACAACGGACUGUUUCACUCUCCAAGCCCCUUUACACACCAUCUAGGAAAGAGGACAGAACUCCAGUAGUUGUUUUCCCUGAACGAACAUCAAAGGAGGAUGCCGACUUAUAUGAGGAAUUUGACUGGGGCACAUCUAGCAGUUUACCAGCCUCUAUUUCAACCAAGACACCCUUGAUCCCUUCAUCCACAUUUACUCCAACCACCAUAUUCAUGCCAAUUACAACAAAAGGGCCUUACACAACCUCUCUGACCAAAGUCCACAGCAACAUCAGACCACCAGCACAGAGGAACACCGGUAGGCCACCAGUGAGGAGAAUCAGACCUACAGUACAGAGUAGUGGUGCCAGUGAAAUUGCAGAUAAAGACCUUGACACAAUGACCAUCCUGACAGCUGAGCAGGGAUACACCAACACCCCUGUCACAUACACCAACAUAGGAACACACAAUGCUAUCUUGAGUGUUUAUAAUCAUGCCACUGACAAUGAAGCUACAAGUGCCAAUAUUGCUGGACCCACUACAAAGGUCAUGACGAACAAACCUAAGAUACUUGGGGGCAAUGCAGCCAGCUUUACUGUCUUAUCCAAUUCAGAUGCUUUCCUGCCAUGUGAGGCUGUUGGAAACCCUCCGCCAGCUAUAACCUGGAAACGCUUCUCCUUAACCACAGGAAGCACGGUUACUGUUAAGGGGAGGAUGGGCAAGUUUGAGGUGUUGAGCAAUGGCACGCUGUUGAUUCAGAAUGCCAACAUUAAGGAUCGUGGCCAGUACGUUUGUCUAGCUGAGAAUAAUUAUGGAUCAGAUAAACUUCUUGUUACCCUCUCUGUGGUGGCCUAUCCCUCACGCAUCCUGGAGCCAAAAAUGCGUGAGAUAAAGUCUCAUGCAGGAAACACUGUGGAGAUGAAAUGUAGAGCAGAAGGUCGGCCCACACCCAUGAUAUCUUGGAUCCUGGCAAACCGAACCCAGGUCAGGGGUCAAAACACAGAGAAGGGAAGGGUAUUAGUAUCUGCUGAGGGGACUCUGGUCAUUGAGCAGGUAUCUGUUUAUGACAGAGGUCAUUACAAAUGCAUCGCCAGUAAUCCAGCUGGAGCUGAUACCGCUACAGUUCGACUGCAGGUGGUGGCAGCUCCCCCAGAUAUUGUGGAGGAGAAACGUCAGCAGGUGAAAGCAGGUGUAAGCCAAAACCUGUGGCUAUCCUGCACUGGCCAAGGCAGCCCUCAGCCUACUAUUCACUGGGUCCUCCAUGAUGGGUCAAUGGUACAAUCCAACAGACCUGCCAGUGAUACAAGGAUAUCAGUGUAUGGGAAUGGAACCCUCCACAUCAAGGAUGUGACUCCAACAGACAGUGGCAAAUAUGAAUGUAUUGCUACCAGCUCUACUGGCUCAGAGAGAAGGGUAGUGACUCUGACAGUAGAGAGGCAAGAGUCUGCUCCUCAAAUAGUGGAGACAUCCCAGCGUGUGACAGUGUUGUUCUUCGCGGACCAGCUGAGACUAAACUGUUCAGCUACAGGAGACCCUAAACCCAGGAUCAUCUGGAGGCUGCCCUCUAAAGCGGUAGUGGACCAGUGGCACAGGAUGGGCAGCAGAAUUCAGGUCCUGGAUAAUGGUACACUAAUUGUUACCACUGUGAGUGAUAAAGAUGCUGGAGACUAUCUCUGUGUGGCACGAAACAAGAUUGGUGAUGAUCUCCAACUCAUGAAGGUCAGUGUGUCAAUGAAGCCAGCCAAGAUAGAGCCGAAGCUCUAUGGAAAAAAGCAGGUACCCUACGGUAAUGACUUUAAGGUCGACUGUAAAGCCUCAGGAGCACCAAAGCCAGAGAUCUCCUGGGGUCUACCAGACGGAACUGUGGUCAACAGUGCUCUUCAGUCUGAUGCAAGCAGCGGAAUAGGACGAGCACGGCGCUAUACACUUUUUGACAAUGGAACUCUCUUCCUAAACCAGGUUGGUAUGUCAGAAGAAGGGGACUACACCUGCUAUGCUGAGAACCAGGUGGGCAAGGAUGAGAUGCAUUUACAUAUCACCAUAGUGACCGCUGCCCCCAGGAUACGUCCAACCAGUCAGACAUAUGCCAGAGUGAAGCCUGGAGAGAACAUCCGUUUUGACUGUGAAGCACUUGGGGAGCCCAAACCCAAAAUCCUGUGGAUGUUACCCACCAACGAUGUCAUUGCAGCAUCUAAUGAACGCUACCUAAUGCACGUCAAUGGCUCCCUAGAUAUUAGGGAUGUGAAGCUUAUUGAUGUUGGAGAGUAUAUCUGUAUGGCUCGAAACCCUGCUGGAGAAAACAGAAAAGUCUACAAGCUUGAUAUGGAAGGGAAUCCACCAGUGAUCAAUGGCUACCGGCAGAACAGGACUGUAAUCAAAGAUAUAGCCGCUAAAUACUCCAGGAAAUUAAUAGACUGUAAGGCUGAUGGUGAUCCUACGCCUAGUAUCACUUGGAUCAUGCCUGAUAACAUCUUUCUAAAAGCACCAUACUUUGGCAGUAGGAUUAAUGUCCACCAUAAUGGGACAUUGGAGAUUCGUAACGUGCGGCCAACUGAUACAGCUGAGUUCAUCUGCAUGGCGAGGAAUGAUGGAGGAGAGGCAGUAAUGGUGGUGCAGCUUGAGGUGAGCAGUAUUCUCAGAAGGCCGAUCUUUAAGAACCCUUUCAACGAACGUAUUGUGUCUCGUAUUGGGAAAACCUCAGUUCUAAACUGCUCUGCUGAUGGACACCCAAUGCCAGAUAUCAGUUGGACUUUGCCAAAUGGAACACGGUUUACUGGGAACCACCCCCUAGUUAACAAUGGGACUUUAGUCAUCUACAACUCAGGCAUAGAAGAUGCUGGGAAGUACCGCUGUGGUGCCAAGAAUUUCAUGGGCUACAUAGAGAAGCUAAUCAUUUUGGAUGUUGGACAAAAGCCUUACAUCCUGACAAGGCCUAGGGGCAUAAUACGCAGUGUGUCUGGAGAACCUCUCUUCAUUCAUUGUCUAUCGGAUGGAAGUCCCAGACCCAGAAUUAGCUGGACCAUUCCUGGUGGCCACACUCUUACUCGGCCUCAAGUCCUUGGGCGCUACCAGUUACUAGAGAACGGUACUUUGGUUGUUCAGGAUACUACUCUCCAUGACCGAGGGAACUACAUCUGCAGAGCGCGGAGCAAUGCUGGGGAGGCUGUGCUCACUGUCCCUGUUAUUAUCAUCGCCUACCCUCCACGGAUCACAACAGUGCCACCUCCCAGUGUGAGGGCAGUGACCGGGACACCGAUUCAGCUCAACUGUGCCGCCAUUGGGAUUCCCAAGCCAGACAUCACCUGGGAGUUGCCCGAUCAUUCAGUUCUGUCAGCGGCAGAACAGGGCCGGCCCAUGGGUAGCGAACUGCUCCACCCUCAGGGCACACUUAUCAUUCAGAGGCCUAAAGCUUCAGACUCUGGCACAUACAAGUGCCUGGCCAAGAACCACCUGGGUACAGACUCAAAGGUGACAUAUGUACAUAUAUUGUGAGAAAAAGACAAGACGGAGGGGGGACGAUGGCAUAUGAGAAUGUAAACAUUAACAGACACUUGUGUCUGAGAGGUACAGUACAUGUUUUCACAUGUGGAUUUGUGAGGAUCAAAGCUUGUGGAAUAAUAUUAAAAAGUGAGAAAUGUGGAUUGAAAAAAUAAACAGAGCAUAAGAAGAGAAACGACAGACAUAUUAUAAGGACAGACAUUUCAUAACAUGUUUUGUUUUUACUGUAAAAGCAAGCUGGGGCUAGAAGGUUGUUAUUGUGACUUUGGAAUUGGGGGUCUGGAAAUUCAUAGGUGGUUCUCAUUUGGGGUGGUUCUCAUGGGAGCAAAAGGGGCAGUCAAAAUUAGUCAAAAGUAAAGUGAUUUCUCUGACCAGGCCAGGCCGCACAUAGGGAUACUAUUACAACACAUACAGAGAGGGAGAAAAAAGUGUGUACCAGAUUGAAAGAAAGUUAAAAACAAGGCUCCCAAGAGGCUUUUAAUUCUCUUCAGACAUUGGCCAGAAGUCAUUGCUGUCAUGACAUAUUGUUCUAUCAUUUAACAGCAAAUGAAAAAGACUACAGGCAGAUCAAUGUAUAUAGUAAAAUAUCUUUCAAGAGCAAUUCGUCAAAUUACACAGUGGAAGAAAAUAGAUCUGUUCAAAAGAGGCUUGUUUUACACUGGAUACAUAUCUGUAUGGACAGUACAGUGCUUUUAUCAUAUCCGGUUUCUUUAUUAUACUUUUUAUAUUUUGAUGAUAGAUCCCUUUAUGUCUAUUCACAGUGCAGUUCAUUGGUCA